GCCCGGAAGCGCCUCGAGGGAGGAAGUGACGGAGCGGCGGGAGCCCCGGAGGCCGAGAUCUGGAGUCUGUCUCGUCCGGAGCUCCUGGGAUUCUGUCACCAUGGAGACCGAAAGUGAGCAGAACUCCAGCUCCACCAGCGGGAGCUCCAGUUCUGGAGGAAGUGCCCGUCCUCAGAUAUCGCAGAUGUCUCUCUAUGAGCGACAGGCAGUACAGGCCCUGCAGGCACUCCAGAGACAGCCCAAUGCAGCCCAGUACUUUCAUCAGUUUAUGCUCCAGCAGCAGCUUAACAGUGCCCAGCUUCACAGCCUGGCUGCUGUUCAGCAGGCUACAAUUGCAGCCAGUAGACAGGCCAGCUCCCCCAACACCAGCACCCCACAACAGACCACCACCACCCAAGCCUCUAUCAACCUAGCCACCACAUCAGCUGCUCAGCUGAUCAGCCGGUCACAGAGUGUGAGUUCCCCCAGCGCCACAACCCUGACACAAUCUGUGCUCCUUGGGAACACCACCUCACCACCUCUCAACCAGUCACAGGCCCAGAUGUAUCUUCGGCCACAGCUGGGGAACCUGUUGCAGGUAAACCGAACCUUGGGCCGCAAUGUGCCUCUUGCCUCCCAACUCAUCCUGAUGCCCAACGGGGCUGUGGCCGCUGUGCAGCAGGAGGUACCACCCACCCAGUCUCCUGGUGUCCAUGCAGACACAGACCAGGUGCAGAACUUGGCUGUGAGGAGCCAGCAGACCUCAGCUACCAAUGCCCAGCUCCAAGGCUCUGCUCAGAAGGCAGCUCUGCCAGGGAGUUCCCAGGCUUCAGGCUUACCACAGGCCACCAGCACAGGCCAGACCUUGGCAGUGGCUCAGGCCUCCUCUGGAAGCUCAGGCCAGUCCCUCAACUUGAGCCAGGGGGCAGCGGGCAGCAAUGGUGUCUCUGGGGGUGUGGUGGCAAGUGGUGGGAACCAGACCUCAACAGGCUUGAGCCAGACCUCCUCAGCAGGCGCCGCUGGCAGUUGCCAAAGGAAGGGCACAGGAGUGGUUCAGCCGUUACCAGUGGCGGCUGCCCAGGCUGUGACUGUUAGCCAGGGAAGCCAGACAGAGGCAGAGAAUGCAGCCACAAAGAAGGGUGAAACGGACAGUGGUGGACAGCAAACAGUGGGCAUGAACCUGACCAGGACCGCUACACCAGCACCCAGCCAGACACUCAUCAGCUCGGCCACAUACACACAGAUACAGCCACACUCGUUGAUCCAGCAGCAGCAGCAGAUCCACCUGCAGAAGCAGGUGGUGAUCCAGCAGCAGAUUGCCAUUCAUCACCAGCAGCAGUUCCAGCACCGCCAGUCCCAGCUCCUCCACACAGCCACCCAUCUUCAGCUGGCCCAACAGCAGCAACAACAGCAAGCACCAUCUCUGGCCCAACAGCAGCAGCAAGCUCAACCUCCACAGCAGCAGGCUCCACCUCAAAACCAGCAGCAGGCUCAGACCCUUGUGGUGCAACCUAUGUUGCAGUCCCAGCCACAGCCUGUGCAGCUCCAGCAGGACAGUCCUUGCCAGCCAGCCACCAAGUCACCUGUUCCAAUUCAGUCCAAAUCUCUGGUCACCCCCAUCAAGCCACCUCAGCUUGGGCCUGCCAAAAUGUCAGCAACGCAGCAACCUCCACCACACAUCCCAGUGCAGGUGGUGGGUACUCGGCAGCAGGGCUCAGGCCAAGCCCAAGCACUGGGUUUGGCUCAGAUUGCUGCAGCAGUGCCGACAUCCCGGGGAAUGCCAGCCGUGGUCCAGCCUGUUUCCCAAGCCCUUGCUGCUUCCCCAUCAUCAUCUUCAGCUCCAGCAUCCUCACAGGAAGCUCCCCCUCUCGCCACAGGGGUGAAUUUGGCACAAGUUCAAGGCACAGCCCACAUGGUGAAGAGCCCAGCCUCCUCUCCAGUUGUGGCUCAGAUGCCAGCAGCAUUCUACAUGCAGUCUGUCCAGUUGCCAGGCAAAUCCCAGACCUUAGCGGUAAAGCGCAAGGCAGAGUCGGAGGAGGAGAAGGAGGAGUCACCCAGUGUCACUGCACUCCUGCCUGCCAGGUCCUCUCCUGUGACAGACAGCCCCAAAAACGUGGAGGAGAAGAGUGGCCUUGGAGAUAAAUCCGAUUCUGCUGCCACUGCAACCCCAAAUACCCCCUCAAGUGAAGGAGCAUCAGUCACCCCCACCUCUGCUCCCACCCCAAACCUGGCAAUGGUGUCACGUCAGGUGGGAGACUCCAAACCCCCACAAGCCAUCGUGAAGCCCCAGAUCCUCACACAUAUCAUUGAAGGCUUUGUCAUCCAGGAAGGAGCAGAGCCCUUUCCGGUGGGUUGUUCUCAGCUGCUGAAAGAAUCUGAGAAACCACUGCAGGGAGAGGCUCCUUCUGGCCAGAGUGAAAACCUGUCCAGCAAUUCUCUGGGAGGGGACAGUGCUUCUAUGGAGCUUGAUAAGAAGGCAAACUUGCUAAAGUGUGAAUACUGUGGGAAGUAUGCCCCAGCAACCCAGUUCCGUGGCUCCAAAAGGUUUUGUUCCAUGACCUGUGCUAAAAGGUACAAUGUCAGCUGCAGCCAUCAGUUUCGGCUGCAGAGGAAGAAGAUGAAGGAAUUCCAGGAAGCUAGCUAUGCCCGUGUGCGCCGGCGGGGCCCGCGGCGCAGCAGCUCUGACAUGGCGCGAACAAAGAUCCAGGGCAAGCGCCACAGGGGCCAAGAAGACUCAAGUCGAGGCUCUGAUAACUCCAGCUAUGAUGAAGCUUUGUCCCCUACCUCUCCAGGACCCCUGUCAGUAAGGGCCAGUCAUGGAGAGAGGGACCUGGCAAACUCUAGCAUGGCCCCACCUACCCCAGACCUACAUGGCAUCAACCCAGUCUUCCUGUCCAGCAAUCCCAGUCGUUGGAGUGUGGAGGAAGUGUACGAGUUCAUUGCAUCACUGCAAGGGUGCCAGGAGAUUGCAGAGGAGUUUCGGUCACAGGAAAUAGAUGGCCAGGCACUGUUGCUUCUGAAGGAGGAACAUCUCAUGAGUGCCAUGAACAUCAAGCUGGGACCAGCUCUCAAGAUCUGUGCCAAGAUCAACGUCCUCAAGGAGACCUAACAGCUCUGAAGCCAUAGGUCUCACUCUUGCUCUGACCCUAGGGCAGCUGCCAGCUUUGGAGCAUCCUGUUGGGGGGCAGGGAAGAAUGGGACAGUCCCCUGUGGUCUCGCAUUCAAGAAUGAGAAGGAAUUUAACUGACUGUAACUGCCAUGGACAGUUAACAUGCCCAUGUCUUGGUCUUUUAAUGGUGCUACAAUGGGGAGGAAAACUCCCUCCUGGGGCCUUGAAACAUCACUCGUUCUUCCUGAUUUUUAAUAUGCCUCUCCUGUAUAACACAUAAAGACAUGAAGGGGA